UUGCAGUUGCUAUGGAUCCGCGUUGUCAUGGACGCAAUCAAAUUAAAGAUGGAGUCCAAGAAAGCGAACUAUGUCGGAGAGGUCUCCAAUCAAAAACGUCAUGGCUACGGAAAAUAUGUUUACCCAAACAGCUUUUUCCUCUAUGAAGGGGAAUGGAGCAUGGGGAGAAAGCACGGCCUUGGCAAACUGAUGAUGAAAGAUGGCAGUUUUUAUGAGGGGGAAUUUAUCUGCGGGGAGAUUGAAGGAAGCGGCCUGCGACACUGGGCUAAAACGGGGGAUUCUUACUCUGGAGAGUUCAAACAAGGUGAGCUCCAUGGCUUUGGAGUACUGCAGAGAGCCAGCGGUGAAUCAUAUGAAGGACAGUUCUGCUGCGGCCUCAGAGAAGGUCACGGAUCCCUGACAGAUUCAGAUGGCCAUGCCUACCUAGGCUCCUUUCACCGGGACAAGAGACACGGGGAGGGCCGCAUCGAGUACAGUAACGGGGACCAGUAUGAAGGAAGUUGGGUCCUGGACCAGAAGCAGGGCCAGGGAGUUCUGCGCUGUGUGGACGGAUCUCUGUACGAUGGCCAGUGGCGUAACAACCUGUUCAACGGCCAGGGAAUCAUGAUCCAUACCUCUGGGAUGGUGUGGGAAGGCAUUUGGACCAACGGCAGGCCCUUGGGUGGCGCCUCCAUCAUGGUGAUCGAGGGAGGAGGGGAAGGAGGAGGAGGAGGAGGAGAAGGAGGCGUUUUGGCAGUUGUCCAGGGGAGGGCCUUUUGCGUGGAAGUGCGGCUGCAGACGGCGGACGCGGGCGAGACCGUCACGAAUGAGAGUGGGCGGGUGCUGCAGAUCACUGCAGGGGUCCGGGUGCCCAAGCUCCCCCCCUCACCCCCCCCUGACCUGCAGGGAACCGUCAGCCCCGCCCUCAUCAACACACCCUUUGGCUUUCAGGUUGUCAGCUUCCCUUUGAUGGACAGAGAGGCCUUUUUAGACGCCACCUCCCCCGUCAUCACUUCCUCCCGGUCGCCAACAACAACAACGGCGUCCACGGGAAAGCUGCUUCCCUUAGCUUCCCCGGCACCGGAACCAGCGCCAACAGGAGCAUCCGACCCGUCGCUAGCCUCCGCGGCGGCGGUGGCGGCGGCGGCGGCGGCGGCGUCAUCACCACCGGCAGCGCCGGCGAGGGCGAUGGCGGGCGCGAGCUGCUCGUCUCUCCCGCAGGGCGAGUGGGAGUCUGGCAGGAGAUCAGACGGAUCCACCGCGCCGGGGGGCGGAGCUUCUGCCACCCCCGGCUACCUCGAUGGGCUGAUUGGACGAGAGGACAGCCGCAUCUUCCAACCCAUCACUCGGAGAGUAGUAGAAGGCCGGUUGACGUUUGAGGACUUGAUGUUGGCCACGCCCCCUUCCGAUUCCGUUCCGUGUCAACUGGAGCAGUUGGAAAAGAGUACGAAGAAGCCCCCACCCAGCAAAGAACCGGCUGGUGGUCAGAAUGCCAACAAGAAUCGCAGACCAAGUCAGGGCUCCCGUCUGCCCGGCAACUCCAAGAAGUCCGGAUUCCAUCCAUCCAGAGCAGUGAAACCCUGUCUCGGCUGUGUGGAAAUGGAAUGCAGUGCUGUAGUUCCUGGAAGGAGUGCAGCACCGGUGUUGACUAGAGGUGAAUAUGUGAUCAUAGUGGAAGACGUGACCAGCCCUCCCUUCAUGGGCCAGACGCUGCCCACAGCGUUCGCUCUUCUGAGCCUCCUCCCAGCGGAGGGCUAACCCGCAGGAACCCCACCCUCCAGGGCUAGAAGUCAGAAGACCACGGGACGUCAGAAGAGAUCUCAGAAGACCUGGGGAUCUCAGAAGACCAGGUUAGCCACCAAGUCAAGACACAGGGGGGAAGAAAAACGUCCACAUAAACUACAACAACCAACUAGUCUUAUAUUUGCAACUUGAGUCCAUAUGCUGUUUAUACAUAAACAGCAUAUGCAUCUUAAUUAAGCCAAGGAUUCUUUUUUUUACCAUACCAAUGUAACUGUUAUUUUAAUUGUCAAAUUUAGGACGAAGCCAUAUGUCAAAUGUGCUAAAAAAAAAAAAUCCACCCAUUGGUAACUUCCUUAUCCGUCCGCCAAAAUCGUUUCUGGUCCGUUGAAUUAAUAAAAUAUAGCUGCUUGCAUUGUGUAGUGUGAUAAUGCAAUUCGCAUAACGUUUGGGCAAGUUUACAAGGCCCCACUUCUGUAUUAAAUGGAAAUGAGGCAACAACAUCUUUGAUUAUUCCAGUACUUGGUUUCCCAGUGCUUCAUGUAAGCGAUUGCUUCACCUUCAGCAACCCUCCCCCUGAGAUUGCCUGUAAACGCCGGAUCAUUCCAGGGCACUGCCAGUCACGGCGACAACAGAACCACGUUUAUUACAUUUCUCGGCGACACAAUGUGGUUCGCUUCACGGUUUGCCCUCCCGUGGCGGCCCCCGCUGCGAUUUCAUGGGAACUGGGGGGGGGAGGGGGUAGCCUUG